GUACCCGUCGGUAUUCCUUCUGUCGUGAGGGGUAGUUUUCAUCAGGGUGAUUUUAGGUUCGAGUAUGCAGGUGUACAGUGUAUGGCGAUAGCUUUGGUAGCUUUAGCUAAGCACUCGGUGUGUAAUGUGUUUUCAUGGGAUCAGAGGCAGUUAGAUUUGGUUUUGAAUCUUGGGGAUGCACUGUACACAGACCGUCGGAAUCAGGGCUUGACUCAUGGGCGUGACUUGUUAAUUGCUUCAGACCUGCCACGUGAGUCAGUUAUAGAUGGGCAGCAGUUUAGCUUUUCUUUCAGUCAGCCAGUUAAUGGGGCUGCAAAUGUUGUCGAACAUGAGUUUAUUGAGGUGGGCGCGUGGGUAACCUUAGAUGGUGCUUUAGAGCAAAUGUUGGCACAGUACGACACAUGUCUUAUGACACUCUGUGGUGCUGCUUGUGCCAUUAUUAAAGACAAUGGGCGGUAUGCUGUGGUGGACUCUCACUCGCGGAGUGCCGAAGGGUUGGUAGAUCCUGAUGGUAAAAGUGUGGUUAUGUAUUUUAGUCAUAUUGAUGAGCUGUAUAGUUUUUUUUGCACAUUGGCUGCGUGUUAUGGUGAUGACUCAGAGGAGUCUUUCAAAGAGUUUGAAUUGACUGGUGUUGAUGUUGUUGUUGCAGCUGAUAGUGUGAGGGGCUUAAAGUGCCAAGAGGCCGCAGAAGUUUCUUCUUCUGUACUCCCUGACAAAAACACAAAGCAGGACAUUGAAGUUGUUGUAUCUGAUGGUGUGAGGGGCUUAAAGCGCCAAGAGGCCGCAGAACUUUCUUCUUCUGUACCCCAAAACAAAAAUUUAGAGGACACUGUGGUUGAUUUAGAUGUGCUGUGCACCAGUGUUCAAGACGGUGCUCUGUCCUUUAAUCCACUCAAUGAAAGUGUUUGUAAGGACUUGUGCAAACACAUUAAAGCUGAGUUUCAGAAGCUCAGUGUGGCAGAUCCAAAAACUGUAGGGCCAUUAGGUGUGCCAUGUAAAAAUGAAAAAAUAGUUGGGGACGCUGCCAGCACGCAUAAACAAAAUGUUAAGACAGCCAGUAAAAUUAAGUACAAUGCAAAUCCCCAAUAUAAAGAAAAAGUAAAAACAUUUGGCAAACAAAAAUAUCACAGUAAUGAGCAAUUUAGAAACAAAACUCGGGCAGCAUUCAGGAGCAAGCAAAAGCAACUGGAACUAAAACAGAAAAAUUUCACAUUUGUUUUGGAUCAAUUUUUGAAGGAAGAUCAAGAUGGUCCAGAGUAUAUUUGCUGCGUUUGUUUAAAAUUGUUAUUUAGAAACCAGGUACCUUGUAGAAAGGAUGACUUUAUGGUUAAGCCAAAAUGCGCCGAUAUCGCUAAUGCCUGUAUCUCUGAGGCCUAUUUACAUUCGUGUGAUGAUGAUUGCCCAUCUCCGUGCCCGCUGUCUGACUGUAGAGGUAGUUUAUGGAUCUGCUACACUUGCAAAACAAAACUAUGUAAAGGUCAAAUGCCACCUGAAUGCUCAAUAAAUAAUUUACAAUUGGACGAUAUUCCCCCUGAGCUCGCCUGCUUGAACACUGUUGAACAGCCCAUAGUUGCACUUAACAUUAAUUUUAUGCAAGUUUUAGCUUUACCAAAGGGGGGUCAGCGAGGGAUCCAUGGUCCGGUCACCUGUGUGCCUUCGAGGGUUAGUGAAUCAGUGAACCUAUUGCCGCGUAGUAACAUGGACGGUUGUUUAUUGCCCGUAAAACUUAAGCGUAAACAUAAAGGACAUUAUGAGUAUCAAUAUGUAGAUACAGAGCGCGUACGGAGGGCCAUUGCAUUUCUCAAACAGAACAACCAAUACUAUGUAGACAUUGAUUUUAAUGAAGAGUGGGUAAAUGAAUUUGUUAGGGAGGAAGAGGAAGCUAUGGAUACGGGUACAGACGUUAAUGUAGAAGUUACUGAUACGGGUGCGGAUGGUAAUGUGGUCAAGGACAAUCAGGAGAAGACAGAAGAUUUAGAUGAUGAGCUUCUCCAUGAUAGACAGCGGCAUUGUAUGUAUCAGGAUACGUCUUUCAUGCCGGUCGAUAUCGCUCAGGAGGCCCUAGACCACUAUUUUGAGGGCAUUUUGAAUUUGGCUCCAGCCGAGGGGAACAGUCCGGUUAGUUUGCUGUCAGAUAAAGAGAAUGAGGCUAAAUGUUUUCCGAAGGAGUUUCCAUUUGGUCGUAAUGCGUUUCAUAGUCCUCGGCCUGUUCCUUUGACCAUGUGCAGAUAUUUUAUUAACAGACUGCUGCAAAAUUUUAAGUUUCUUUUUUUGGCCUUGUACAUGUUAGAAGUUCAGCAGGUUGUGUCAAAAGUUCCGAUAGCGUUGCGAAAGGGACAUUCUGGUCAGGCCAAUGCUGCUGCAGGUGAAGGAACUUUAGAAAAUUUGUUACAAUAUGAUAAUGGUUAUCGCUUUAUGCAGCCUAUUAGAGGUACCCCGCCCUUCUGGCAGUCCGCACAAAAAGAUUUAUUUGCAUGCAUUCGUCAGCUUGGUAUUCCGACGUGGUUUUGUUCGUUCAGUUCCGCAGAUCUCUGCUGGCCAAGCCUCCUUAAAACGCUCUUAAAGCAGGAAGGUAGUACCCGGAGUGUUGAAGAUUUGGAUUGGGCAGAGAGGUGUGACCUGUUGCGUCGUCACCCUGUAACCGCGGCUCGCAUGUUUGAUUCCCGUUGGCGCCGUUUUUUACGUAAAGUUAUUCUUUCCCCUGCUCAGCCAAUCGGUAAAGUCAUAGACUAUUUUUAUCGUGUAGAAUUCCAACAGCGCGGGUCUCCCCAUGUCCAUUGUUUAUUUUGGAUUGAAAACGCUCCAAAGCUUGGAGUAAAUACGGAUGAGGAGGUAGUUCAGUUUGUUGAUAAAUAUGUCACGUGUGAACUACCCUCUGAUCCGGAUUUACUGGAAAAAGUUACUUCGGUGCAGCAGCAUUCUAAGCGUCACUCAAAAACAUGCAAAAAAAACAACAAAGUCUGUCGUUUUAAUUUUCCACGUCCGGUAUCUGCACGCACGUUUAUUAAACAAAAAGACCCUGAUCAAGAGCCUCUUGUUACAAAAGAGGAAGCUGAAUUCAUUAUGAGCGUGCUGAAGAAUGCUAUCAUUGAUGAAAAUAACCUGUGUCUUAGUGCUGAAGAGUUGUUUGCGUCUUUGGGUUUAUCGCAGUUCACAUUUGAACAGGUGUACAGUGUUUUAGAUGGGCACACACACAUAGUUUUAAAGAGGGAUGUGGCAGAAACUUGGAUCAAUAACUACAACAAGAAAUUAUUAACCUGCUGGAACGCCAAUAUGGACAUCCAGUACGUUGUAGAUGCGUGGGCUUGUGUCGUUUACAUAAUUUCAUAUAUUUCUAAAGCAGAGAGAGACAUGGGUUUAUUGUUAAGUAAUGCACAAAAAGAGGCUUCCAAAGGUAAUGUUAGUGCAAAAGAGGCAUUUAAAAAGUUAGGCAGCGUUUAUCUUCAUAAUCGUGAUGUCUCGGCACAGGAAGCUGUCUACCGCGUGACAAACAUGCAUUUAAAGGAAUUUUCAAGAAAAGUUACAUUUGUGCCGACUGGUGACAAUAUAGUACGUAUGAGCAAACCAAUUCGCGAAAUAGAUGAUGAAAUGGGAGAAGACAUUUGGAUGACAAACACGAUAGAUCGUUAUUUAAGUAGACCAAAUGACAGCACAUUUAAUGACAUGUGCAUCGCGACAUUUGUAGCUGAAUAUCGCUUGCUCGGGCCGUCAGACAAAUGUAAAAAUCCAAUUAUUUUACAGAACGGAUUGGGUGCGAUUACCAAAAGAACACGGACCAAGCCCGCAGUUGUUAGAUAUGUGCGUUUUUCUGAGACUAAAAACACAGAGUUAUUCCAUCAAAGUAUUCUUCAGCUAUUCAUGCCGUAUCGCGUCGACACUGAUUUGAAACCGCCUCCAUUUGAAACAUUUGAACUUUUCUAUAAAACUGGGGAUGUGUGUUUGAGUGACGGGUCUGUGCAAUUGGUUAAAUCAAUAGUUGAUUCAAAUAGGCGUCGAUUCGAACUUGCAGCUGAGGACUUGGAUGAGGUUCAUGAGCAGAUGGAAUCUGGAGAGAUUCAUGAGGAUGCAUGGGGCUUGCUCUGCCCAGAACAGGAAGUGGAGAGGUUGGAGUCGAGGGAGGAGUUUAGGGAGAUGUUGCAGGCUGUUGGUUCUGAGCAGGAGCAAGAGGCUAUUCCAGACUUGGCUGUAAGAAACGAGCAAGUUUGUAACAUAGAGAAAAGAAAUGUGAUGAGUCGUCAAGAGGGUCUUUUACUUGUGAAAACUCUGAAUGAGCAACAGCUGUCAAUUUUUUACAAAAUACGGCAAUGGUGUUUAGACAAAGUAGCUGGUAACAACCCAGAGCCAUUGCAUGUUUUUAUCACAGGUGGAGCAGGCACAGGGAAAAGUCACCUAAUCAGAGCAAUUCAAUACGAGGCGUCGCGUCUAUUUGCUCCUAUUUGCCAUAGUCCGGAUAAUGUUAGUGUUUUAUUAACGGCUCCGACAGGGAUAGCGACAUAUAAUUUACAGGCGGCUACUAUCCACACAACAUUUAGUAUCGGUACUAAUGUUUCCCUCCCCUACACACCGCUGGGGGAGGAAAAGAUUAAUACACUGCGCGUUAAAUACAUGGAUUUACAAAUAGUAAUAAUUGAUGAAAUAUCCAUGGUAGAUAAAAAGUUAUUUACUUAUAUUCACGGGCGAUUGCGUCAAAUUAAACAGUCAGGUGACUUUUCUCCAUUUGGGAAUGUGUCUGUUAUCGCUGUUGGGGAUUUCUAUCAAUUAUCACCGGUCAUGGGUCAACCUCUGUACAAAGAAAACAUAGGUGUUAAUUUAUUUACAGAUUUAUUCAAAAUUGCAGAGUUAAAAAUUGUAGUCAGACAAAAAGAUAGCACUUUUGCAGAGCUGUUAAAUCGGCUCAGAGUCCGCUCAAGGUUGACACCACUGCUUGAUGGAGACAUAGAUAUAUUAAAACGUUGUGAAACAGGCGAAGAUCCCGACGUGUUACAUGUUUUCACCAAAAACAGCUUUGUGUCAAAUUAUAAUUUAAACAUAUUGAAUAAAGUAUGUCCAGAAAAGGUAACAAUCAGUGCGCGUGAUUUUGGCUAUGACAAAAAGACCGGGAAGUUAAUCGAGAUACAAGGCCAUCUCCAUAAAUCCAAACAGGCCAGUUUGGAGGAGUCAUUAAUCCUGGGUGUAAAUGCGCGUGUUAUGCUCUGUAAAAAUGUAGAUUUAGCUGAUGGUUUAGUAAAUGGGGUAUGUGGCAUUGUUACACAUAUAGUUGAAAAUCCACAGAAUAAACAGCCUCCUCUAGCAAUCUAUGUUAAAUUUGAUGACGAUCGAGUAGGCGCACAGAGGAGGAGGCAAACGCGUACCCCUGCUCACCUGACUGGUUCUACUCGCAUAGAACCAGAGGAGGAGCAGGCGAAUAAACGAGGGGAAAAGCGUCGUCAGUUUCCACUUAAACUCGCGUGGGCGUGCACAGUUCAUAAAGUACAGGGUGUUACUGUAGAUCAAGCAGUGGUGUCCCUUAAACAGGUAUUCACGGCGGGUCAGGCAUAUGUGGCCCUUAGUCACGUUAGGAGUUUAGAGGGUCUUGUCAUUCAGGACUUUGAUGAAGAUGCCAUUUAUUGUAAUGAUGGCAUUAGAACGGCGCUUCAGAACAUGCCUCCCUUCAUAGUCGAGAGUAUGCCCUGGCACCUACAAGAGGCACAUGUCCUGACAUUCUUUUAUAUGAAUGUUCAUGGUUUAGAGCGGCAUGUGUCAGAUUUGGCUUUAUGCACACAGCACUGGCAGCCUAACUGUAUCGCUGUGGUAGAGACAUGGUUAACUGUAAAUUCAUCUUUUCAAACUAGGCAAAUUGAAGGUUAUAACUUCCAUAGUCGUCCCCGUAGUUUAUCUUAUCAGCAGAGUAACCAUCCAGCACUGACUAGUCUACUGGGCAAAGCGCACGGCGGCGUUGGUAUUUACUGUGAAGAAAACCUUAACUAUGAAAUCACAGUACGAGAUUUUAGUUUAGAAUGUCUAGUGAAUUAUUUUGCAGAGUAUAAAAUUAUAGUUUCUGCUAUUUACCGCCCACCGUCAUACCCCAUGUCUCUAUUUAAGUAUAAUUUGGACAGAUUAUUGAAUUGGCUUGAAUCACAUUGUGCCACUGUGGCAGUGACGGGAGAUUUUAAUGAUGACAUAUUGAAAUCUUCAAAUCUCUGCAAUUUUAUGAUAGAAAAAGGUUAUGUUCAAUAUGUCACAUCUCCCACAACAGAGAGGGGGACAUUAAUUGAUCAUUUAUAUGUGAAAUCUACAGACUAUGACAUAGAUUCUGUAGUGGUGCCAACGUACUUCAGCGACCAUGAAGGGAUAGUAUUUUCUUUUAAGGGUAGAUCUACGUAG